AUGAAGCGGUUCAUGGCCAUGUUAAACAGGAAUAAAAACAAGGAUCCCCCACCCACCAAGCUGCUGGAUCUAGCAGGACAGCUUUGCCGGAACCUCCCGAGUUCAUCUCCUACUCUGGAGAAGCUGGUCGGGGCCGUGAUGGGAUGCAAACACAAGAUGUAUUUUCUCACUAACAUCCACAUUGUCAAAGCUUGCGUGUUUGUUCAUAUCCGUAACGGGCAGCAUGACACAGCCUGCAGACUCGUAGAGUGUUGCAAGGCAGAAGAGAAGGAGGAGCUGGUGCAACUUUGGCAUGAGAUUCACUACCGGAAGGUUAUGGAGAAACACCGCAUGGAUUUUCUGACACCACUGCAGAAAUUCCGUUGCAGGAAGAGGAAUCCUCCACCUAUUUCCCUUUGUCCUGAAGGUUUGAAGAAUCGAAACUAUUCAGAUGAAGUACGCCAGCAACUGCACAGGUUUGCUGCAGAGGUGACAAGAAGUCCAAACAAGAAACAGCGGGAGGAAUUGGCUCAGGACCUGAACUUGCAGCCAACUCAGAUCUAUAAUUGGUUUGCAAAUUAUCGACGACGUCAAAAAUCCUGCCUCCCUUGUAUGGAAAAGCUCAACAAAUCAUGUCCUGAGAGGGCUUUGAUUUACCACACGAAGGAGCAGCAGGAUAAAGGAUCGUACGCUCCACCAACUGCAGAUGAACAACUGGCCGUGUGGCAGGCCCCUUCUAGCACCAGAGUCAUCUCUGGCUCCAUGUGGACCCCAAGUAUAGAAG